GUCUGAUAGCACCACCAAUCCAUCCUGAUUUCCACGCCUUAUUGAAGAAGAACGGAGUAAUGUUAUUUUGAGAGAGAAGAAGCGCCAGAGACUCAGAGGAUUCACGAACACCUCAGAGAAAAGAACAAGGAAUUUUCAGGGCAUCCAAGGUAAAAUAAUUUUUCAAUUUGUAUGAGAAUCAGGAAGCAAUUUUAACCCUAGAACUCUUGAAUUAGGGCAGAUUUAAGGAGGAACCUCAAAAUUAGGCAUAAUUUCCUCCCCCUAGGGUUUUCUACUAAUGGAAGGAGGAAAGGAGGGGGGAAUGAAGAGGGAGGUGGAAUCAUUAGGAUGGUUAACAGAAUCAUCAAUAAUGCCCAAAAAACAUAAAGCUAUUGAAGGUGUUGGUGCUUCUUCUAUUCUUGAACUUAAAGCUCAGCUCUACAAAUCACAAGAAGAGAACAGAAAGAAUAAGGAUUUAACUCCAGAUAUUGAAUUUCAUCGUGCUAAGAAGAAAAUCGUUCCUAAUGAUACUUUCUCUAAUAAGAAUUCUGGUGUUGAAGCUCGUGCUCACAAGGACAAGCUGGAACUGAAAGCAGUACAAGAUGGAUCUGUUAGCUAUGCCGCAUUAGAAAGGAAAGCUGCAUUAUAUGAUAAGCUAGCAAGGGGUGAGCUUCCCGAUGAGGAAGAAGGAGAGAAGUACUGUGUGGAUUUCUUCAGCAAGAGUCUUGUUCGUGAUGAUUCCGAUCCCUUACAAAUUGCUGAUGUUCCUGACACCGUAGCCCAUGGCAAUGAGGAUGGUGAUGAUACUGAUGCUUUCCUACCGUUUAGCACAAAACCUGUUGGACCUGGGCGGACAGCUGGAUAUCUAGACAAUGAUGAGCGUAAGCGUUUUAUAAGUGCAGUGAAAUUCACGAAGAGGCAAAUCAAGCGAGAGAUAAGGCCUCUGAGCUGAAGAUGCGUAGACAAGAGCUGGCAACCUCUCGUAGGGAGAAACUAAAGCAAGCCUACCUUCGUAAACAAGUAGAGAAGUUGCAAGCAAAAAACAAAGAGGAAAGCAAACAAGAUGCUGUACAAUGAUCUUAUUAAGAAGCAACACAAAGACAGGUGAUUUGUGUGGACCUCAGAAUUUCUGAAGAUUCCAAACAGUCGGUCGAGUUUUAUGGACCUGUUGUAGUGGGUUUUGAAGGGGAAAAAGAGAAGAAGAAUAUUAGAAUUUCUCGUAUUGAAAAAAGUCUCCAUCUCAUCCACCCUUUACUGCAAAGAAUAGUAUCUCACUAGUCUAUGUCCUUUUUUAAACUUUUGGUCUAGCUAGUUCAUUCCAUCAUCGUAUUAUCAGUGUUGCUAGAUCAAAGUACAGGGUAAAUGGAAAAUAGCACUUAUUUCACAGAA